ACGGGCUCAUCCAGUCCAAACAAAGGACGUCGAGGCAGUUUCUCAUCCAUUUUGAGAAGGAGCUCCAUUUCAAUGGAGCGAAGACGCUCCAAGGACCUGACAGUCAACGACGAUGAGCGUCUAUCCAAGUUCCUCACCCAUAUUGCCCUGCGCCACAACAUUGAAACCAGCAAUGAAGACACCAACAGUUGUGCCAGUGAUGUGGCAUCAAACAUAGAUAUUGCCGACUAUGAUCCAAAUGAUUGGUUCCUUGAAGAGGAUGAG